AUGCCUUACAGCAGACUCUGCCACGAAGGUCACUACGUCCACUCACUGUUGACACGGCUGAGUCGUCUGCGUACCGUUCAAGCGUCUGUCAAUGGGACAAAUGAGCCACUCAGUACCUUUAAGCUGCCUCACCAUGAUCGGAACAUUUCGACAGCAUCCACCACCCUCGAUCCUCCUCUCAACGACUGGGGCACUUACACCAGCGACCUUUCUUUUGACAAACAUUUUAUCAUAGAACAUGCCAACCCCACGUGUUGGCAGUUCUUGGGCAGCAGCUCGCCGUAUGCGUUGGUGGUUGAAGUCCUCGUGCAUGCGCAGUCGAAGCUGGGUUCCCUAGUCCACCAUCCAGACUAUGCCGGGCCUGAGUUUUGGCUCAAUGCCCAGAGCACGGAGGUAGCUGAGCCAUUGCAGCCCAGGGCUACUCCAUCGCGGACUGAGAUCCAGAUGCUCAUCAACUUGUACAUGUCGACCACAAAUACUCUGAUGACCUUCUUUGACCCGGAAGACAUGGCCUACGAGAUCGAUACCUAUUUGCGCCACCAUGGCUCAAAUGUCAAGUACCUCACUGGAAAGGAAGCGCAUCAGUUUUUCCGGGUUGCCAUGAUCUGUGCCAUCGCUGCAGCGAAUAAGGCGAGGCAUCACUCCGUGUACGACACCGAAUCAAUGGCGUACUAUUCCGAAGGCCUACAAUGUGUUGAAGAGGUAACCUCGGAUGUAUCUCCCGAUGCACUUCAAGCCCUGCUCCUUCUUAUUCUGUUUACUUUGUUCCAGCCCCGGAAAGGCGACAUCUGGAAAUUGUUGGAUUUCGCCUGCCGUUUGAGCGUAGAGCUCAACUAUCACACCGAAACUAACGACGAAUACGAAGACGAGAAGAGUCGGAAGAAGCGUCGUGGUAUAUUCUGGGGACUAUAUUGUAUCGAGCGGACCAUGGGACAACACCUUGGCCGGCCUUCGGAUCUGACCGAAGAGAUCAUUACCGCUGAAUAUCCAGCCUCGUUGAAUGAAGCCCCAAUGGCCGACCCAGAAACGCUCCAGACGAUUUUUACCUCUCACUACUACCGACUUACAUAUCUCCGCUCGGAGAUAUUCCGGGAAUUAUACCUACCGGCAGUAGCACCAACAUUGCCCCGGAUGUGGUAUGAGCAGACUGUCGAGUCCAUGUUGGCGUGGCGGCGAGAACUACAGUUCAUCGAGACUGCGCCUGGAAUGGGUAGCAUGACAUGCGAGACGGGCUUUGAUACGUCCAUCUGUUUCCUGUUCCAGCCGCUCUUGCUGCGAGCACUAGCAGCAACCAAAGACCCAAUCCUAGGACCAGAGAUCACCGAAGUCAUACCACGCGAGAGCUACCACUCUGCUGUGAAGAUCGUCGAAUUCUACAACAAGCUCUUUCGUGGCGCUGAGGGUACUCCUUGGGGGAUGUAUCCGAUCACCAUGAUUUCGGCACACUACAUCCACCAAGCCACCAUCAUCAUCAUGGCACAUUGUCUGUUGGCCAUUGACGGACGAUUGCCUGUCGUGAGUUUUUCGAGGGAGCUCAGUGGCGACAUAGAAGGCCCAGUGGACUUCAGUGGAAUCCAUGAAAUAUCUGGGACAUGCUUGAUCUUACUGAAUACUCUGUCUAAGAAGUGGGCCGGCAUGGUGGGCAUAUUGGACAUCUACAAAAGCCUACAAGCGAAAGUGUUGCCGAUCAUGAUGCGGAGUGGGCUGGGAUAA